AUGGAGCUAUUACACGGAGCGUGUAAAAACUUGGAAUACCUGUCGUUGGCGAACAACUCCCUUACGCACGUCACAGCUGAAGCUUUUUCGGCUUUGCCUCACCUGAGGCAUCUGGACCUCUCCAACAACAAUCUUCUGUCACUACCGAAGAACGUCUUCAAUAAAUUAAAGAACCUAGAGACGCUGACUCUAUCGAACAAUGAGCUCCAACUAUCUCCAGACACCUUUGCGGGAUUGGCAGCUCUACAACGGCUCGACCUCACUUCAAACCGAUUGGCUUAUCUGCCACCAUCGGUUUUCCGAAACUUGAAGUCAUUGAAGAUUCUUGAUCUGUCUAAUAAUAAGCUGUUGGCACUACCAGCUUCACUGCUCUCUACAGUACCACAGUUGAGGCAUCUCGACGCCGGUCACAAUCUGCUUUCUGAUGUGAGUUUCUUAUAA